UUUUAUUUCAUUUAUUAAAUGUCAAAAAUGAAGAUGGCCGACGGCUCCACAAUUUUACGAAGAAAUAGACCGGGUACAAAAGCUAAGGAUUUUAGUCGUUGGCCAGAUGAACCUUUUGAUGAAAUGGAUAGCACACUUGCUGUGCAACAGUAUAUUCAACAACUUAUACGAAGAGACCCGAAUAAUAUCGACUUGAUAUUGAAAAUGCCUGAUUCGCAAGAUGAAGGCGUAUGGAAAUAUGAACACUUAAGACAGUUUUGUAUGGAACUGAAUGGAUUGGCCGUUAGACUUCAAGGAGAAUGUCAUCCAGAAACUUGUACACAAAUGACAGCAACAGAACAAUGGAUAUUUCUUUGUGCAGCUCACAAAACUCCUAAAGAAUGUCCAGCUAUUGAUUAUACAAGGCAUACCUUAGAUGGGGCCGCAUGUCUUUUAAAUAGCAAUAAAUAUUUUCCUAGUCGGUUAGUACUUUUUACGUUUCUUUUUUUUAUUUAUAUAAAAUUUUCUCGUUUCAGGGUCAGUAUUAAAGAAUCUUCAGUAGCAAAACUAGGUUCAGUGUGCAGGAGAGUGUAUCGAAUUUUCUCUCAUGCAUAUUUUCAUCAUAGAUCAAUAUUUGAUGAAUUCGAAAAUGAAACCUGCUUGUGUAAGAGGUUUACUCAGUUUGUGACCAAAUAUAAUUUAAUGUCUAAGGACAAUCUUAUUGUACCAAUUUUAGACGAAGAUAAUACUCCUGGUGAAUCAGAGGCAUAAAAGUGUGUGUGAUGGAUUGAAUGCAAAAAUAUAUAUAUGCAAUGUAUGUAAUAUAAAGUUAAUUGUCUGUCAUACACCAAUUGUGGUGUUUGAUGAAUAUUUAUAAUGAAGAAAAUAUUUUUUUUUUUAUAAUUAUUUUCAGUUAAUUAUUAAACCUGUCUCGAAUAUUAAAAAUUUUAAUAUGUCGAUGGAAUUAUAAGUUCUCUUUAAAACAUGUAUUAUCAAUAAUUGAAAACAGAGAAUGGAAAUUAUAAGAGUUAAUGUACUUCUCGAUUUAUUUUUAUUAUGUUUAAAUUAUAAGUGGUUAUAAGAAUUAAUAAAUAUGACAAGUCCUCUCCUACUCUUGCCUUACAAUCUUUAGUAAAAUUAACAUAUAUCUGUCUAUAAAGAGUGAUCACUAACUAUAUUCCAGUAAUAAACAAUACGAUUCUUAAGGAAAAAAAUUUUAUGAACUUAUGACGUAAACAAUUUAGUUUAAGAAAAAUAUUAAAUUUACACCAUUUCACAAAAAAAAUAAAAUUUUUGUUGUAAAUGCAUUUUAAAUGUAAUUAUGAAAAGUUGCAAAUACCUGUUUAUUUGUCCCUUGCUAUUACUAAAUAUUGAAAUUUCUACGCCAAUGGUUUUUUUUACACUGCAGCAAAAAUUUUUUUUAUAUAGGCGAGUUUUUUUAUUUAGUCAGCUGUGUAACAUAGGCUAAAUAUUAAUACACAACAAUUAUUUAUUUUUGUAUAAAGAAGGGAUUCAUUUUUAAUUCAAAAUCAUUAAAUUUCAUUAAUCUUUCAAGAUAUUUAUAUGGAAAGGACAUUUUACAAAAACUCCAAUCAGUCAUAGUGUCAUUCGCUUUAAAGGAAGAAAGAGAAAAAUGAGUAUAAUACGAAUAUGUGAUUAAAAAAAUUUUAAUAUGCAUAUUUUGUGGAAAAAAGAA